CAUUCUAUUGGUCAAUCGAUUCCCACACAACCAGUCAGGGUUUAGGUUAUCUACUUUAUAUCACAGCUAAACAAGACCUCGCAUGAUUGGCUGUUCGAUAUUAUCCGCCCAAUGAAAUUUGCUGAUGCUGAAUCGUUAUUUUGGCGCAAAGAAACAAUUCGUCUGCAACCACACAAAAAGUACAAAAAAAUGGCGAAAAACGUGCAAGAAAACGAGAAGUUUGCGGUGAUGAGAUGGUUAACUGACGGAAACAGGAUAUCUGUACACAACUUGAAGUAUGUUACUGAGUCAAAACUGCCAAAAGAAGAGUACAAACCUGGUAUAUGUGGGCUUUCUGUUUUCGUUGGGUUUCCAGGCCUUUGGAAAUUCUGCAUAUUGAACGUGGGAGGUAAGUUAAUUUGACCUAAAACAGAAGUCUUGUUUCAUGUUAUCCGACCGACCCUGUUUUAAAAUCGCUGACGCAAAAGUUUUUUCUGUUACAAAUCCGCAUCCGAAUUUUAUGUCCGAAAUUUACGCAACUGCGGAAAGCGUCUGAAUCGUUCAUAACUGUUAUUUUUGUUACUUAAUGUUUUGUUUCAUUUACAUUUAUUCUUGUCAAUAAAUGCUUUAUUCAAAAUGUAGUCUUUAGUUUUCAAAGAAUAUUUAUUUGUACAGUAAUUUACAGAUCAAGACAAAAGUAUUUUUGUUAUCUACAAAAUCCGCAUCAUAAUUUUAUGUCCAAAAUUUACGCAACUGCGGUAAGCGUCUGAAUCGUUCAGAACUGUUAUUUUUGUAAAUGGUUUGUUUCAUUUGCAUUCAUUCUAGUCAAUAAAUGCUUUAUUCAAAAUGCAGUCUUUAGUUUUCAAAGAAUAGUUAUUUGUACAGUAAUUUACAGAUGAAGACAAUCUGGAUCAAUCAUCUUUUUGUUAAGAACUAUAUCUGAAAGUUAGUUCUAUGUCGUCAUGCAUUUCACACUACUGAUACCUGAAAAUAACGUUCUCAUUGAGUUAAAUAUUCAAUUAAGUGUUGUGAAAAGGAGGAAAAAAAGCCUACCUACCGACCCACAUUUUUUUUAUCACAUUUCAGGCAAAAAGGAAAUGACAGAAUGGUUAAAGAGUGAAAUCCUGCCUUUAACUGCAGAUCCCACGGACAAAUUUUGUGAACUUGAAGAGAUAAGACAUCCUGAUCUUUAUGAAGAAGGAAAACAAUCCCUGGAAGGCAAUGCAGAAAAAUCUGAAGUGCCUCUGAGGCGCUCCCCACGGAAAUCUGUGACAUCUGAUGUGACUCCUAAGAAAAGACAUCUGGAAAGGUCAGAGGGUUCACCAAUCGUGCCUCACUCAGCAAGGAAAGUUUUGAAGCUUGAAGGGACUCCAGGAAGCAGCCAGUAUUUAAGCAGUAGGGUUGGUUCAAACAGAAAAGAUGCAUCUGGAAAUAAAAUAAAACGACUGGAGGAAGAUGUUCGUAGCCUUCGAAGAAAAUUAGGGAAACUCGAGGAUAGGGUCUCAGAGUUGGAUAAGGAUAAAGCAUCUAACUCUACGACAGAACAAGUGGUGGAAAAAGCGGACAGGACGGGGCAGUUGGCAAAGAAGAAAGAGGGACAGGGAAGUGUGUCAAAAAAGGAGGCUGAUUCGAUACUUGAAACUAAGCCGUGCCAGGCAAUCUGUGAACAAGAUGUUGAAGCCAUUGUAGGCAAGGCUAUUGGGAAUCAGAACAAAUUCAAAAAUUUAUGUUUAUACAAGUUCACUCGGGAAGAAUUGGUGUCUUGCACCCGAACAGGGAAGCGAACUAUCAAAUGUAUGGACAAUGUGAAACCCCAGUUAGAUCACACCAAAUUUAAGGAACUGGAAACAUUAGUAUUAAAAUACACUUUAUAUGAUAAGCAAAGUUUCCAAAAAAAAUUGAAAACUUACAGAAAGUUCUUAGAAGAGAGAAAAAUGGAGCAGUCUGACUUGACCUAUAAGCCUUUUGAAUAAAGCAACAUAUAAAAAAUCAUUGGAUUUGGUGUGUCAUUCUGUCCAUCUGUCAUAAUUUUUAACUUGGAUCGUAAUAUAAUAGCCUGCUUGCUGUCUUUAACUUACUGUAAUACAUUUGCUCUUCAAUGAAAAUGCUAACCGACAAAAUUCAUAUGUAUAUGAAUUCUACCUGCCACAUCCAUUUUGGGUCAAAGGUGAUUUAAGAUUUGCACUAGAAAAGCAGUGUUUUUUAUAUGGGCUAUAGUUAAAGAAAAAUGAACCAAAGAAGUUCAAUUUAAUGUUCCAAAACUGGUCUGAAAAAAUUCAAGAACUAACUAAUUGGUUAUUGUUUAAGAAAUUUGAGCUCGCUGAGGUCUUUUGAUUUCUGUUCUAGAACAAGUUCUUGAACGAAGUUCAAAAAUUAUAAGUUCUGGAAUUGGUUCUUGAACUUUUCUAGAAUGUGUUCUGGAACAUGUUCAAGAACUC